UUGGCAAUCCUAGAAGACUAUGCGGACCCGUUUGAUGUCCAGGAGACUGGUGACGGCCUAGUAGGAGCUUCAGGAGCCCCAGAGAAGGUCCCGGAAAACGAUGGCUACAUGGAGCCCUAUGAGGCCCAAAAGAUGAUGGCCGAGAUCCGGGGCUCCAAGGAGACGGCCACUCAGCCCCUGCCUCUGUAUGACACACCCUAUGAGCCAGAAGAGGAGGGAGCCACCCCUGAGGGCGAGGGGGCCCCUUGGCCCCGGGAGUCCCGCCUGCCUGAGGAUGAUGAGAGGCCGCCCGAGGAGUAUGACCAGCCCUGGGAGUGGAAGAAGGAGCGGAUUUCUAAAGCCUUUGCUGUUGACAUUAAGGUCAUCAAAGACCUACCUUGGCCUCCACCGGUGGGACAGCUGGACAGCAGCCCCUCCCUGCCCGACGGGGACAGGGACGUCUCCGGUCCAGCCUCACCCCUCCCCGAGCCCAGCCUGGAGGAUGGCAGCGCCCAGUUUGAAGGAUCUGAGAAGAGCUGCCUGUCACCCGGCCUGGAGGAGAAGGGGCGUCUACCUCCCCGACUCUCUGCAGGGAACCCCAAGUCAGCCAAGCCCCUAAGCAUGGAGCCCAGCAGUCCCCUGGGGGAGUGGACAGACCCAGCACUGCCUCUGGAAAACCAGGUCUGGUACCAUGGGGCCAUCAGUCGAACAGAUGCCGAGAACCUGCUCCGGCUGUGCAAAGAGGCCAGCUACCUGGUGCGCAACAGUGAGACCAGCAAGAAUGACUUCUCCCUGUCCCUCAAGAGCAGUCAGGGCUUCAUGCAUAUGAAGCUGUCUCGGACCAAGGAACACAAGUAUGUGCUGGGCCAGAACAGCCCGCCCUUCAGCAGCGUCCCCGAGAUCGUGCACCACUACGCCAGCCGCAAGCUGCCCAUUAAGGGGGCCGAGCACAUGUCCCUGCUCUACCCCGUGGCCAUCCGGACUCUGUAGGAGUGAGGCUUGGGCACUGCGGCAGAUCUGGACCCAGUCCUGUGCCCGUCCCCUGGCUGAGGGCUGUGGUCCUUCCCAGGGCCGUGCUCUCCCAAGCCUUUCUUCCCCUCUCCCUGGGAUGGAGUGGAAACUGGAGAUUCCUUAAUUUAUUCUAAAGAGUAAGGGCUAUGGGGCCUUGGAGGAAGCGGAGGUCUGGAGCUGAGGAGAGAAGAACCCCUGGGGAGAAAGGGCAGCCCCUGGAGGAAGGGGGCUUCCAAACCGCGAGUCUCCCGAAGAGUUUAAGAUCCGCAGCUGCAGGCCCCGCCUCUGGGGCAGAGGUGGCAACCUACUUCCCCUCCGCCCUCUACCCCCGGGUCAGUACGAGGCGGAGCAGAAUGCAGGCCCGCAGGGCACCCUGACCUCUUCCCCUCCACCCCCAAACGAUCGGCAGACCCCUGGGGUGGAGAUGGCAUUGGGGCGGGAGAGGCGGGAAAGGGAUCGGGACGGAGGGAAUUCGUGCGGUCCCCCGGCCGUUCCGGCUCCCGGCCAGAGGCAAUAAAUAAACCCAGUGCUGCCAGGCA